AUGGAGGAGUCAGACCUGCUGAGAGAGAGGCUGCAGGCCAUCACUGAGAAGCAUCGUAUUCAGGAGGACAUCAGACAGAAGAAAGAGGAGCUGGACCGAGAGAAACUCAAUCUGAAGCAUCUGAAGAAAAAGUCUCUGAGGGAGCAGUGGCUGCUGCAGGGAGCAGUUACCCACAAUGCAAUACACUCCCCACAACGACAACAUCAUCAACAAGAGAGCGCCACGCGUGACCAACAGGAGACCAAAACUCUGCAGCUCAACAUACACAGGAUAGAGAUGGACGUUCUCUCUCUGGAGAGGGAGGAGUCUAUCAUCUCCACCAAUGAGAGCUUAAUCCUCAACCGACUGAAGGCAGUGGAGAGGAGUUCAGAGGACAUCAUUAAGGAGGCUCAGGACAGCUUUGUUCUUGCGCCCCCUCAGGUCACCACAGUGGUCCCAGAGGUCCCAGAAUGCCCCUCUCCUCCAGCCAGCCAACACCAUGAACCAAUCACAUCAAGACAGACUCUGUUUGCCAUGGAGAUCAACGUGACUAAAAACCUGCUGACAGGAGAGAGUAAAGUUCUGUCCACUGCAACGAUUCCUGCUGACGAGUUACACCAACACACCGGACUCAAGGUUUACGACGACGGCAGGAAGUGUGUCUACGCAUUCAAUUCACAAGAGCAUUCACAUGAUCGAAGCUGUGCCUCCGAACUCUCAGCCAAUGAGGUGGAGCAGCUGCUGAGGAGCGCCACAAUGCAUCGCAAAGAAAACCACCAGAACUACUGUGAACCUCGCAGCACGAGGAAGGAGCUUUACUUUUAUAAUCAUCUUAAUGAGAGAGAAGGAGGGGGGGACUGUGACAUCAUAAACAAGGGAGGUAACAAUGGUGACCAUCACCUCAGAAACGGCCGAAUGGAGACAGACUACGGAUGGCAGAGAAAAGCGAGUGCAGAUAAUCGGGAAAACCAUUACAGAGGACAGGAAAAGAAAAAAAAACAGAUCAACCCGAGGGAAGGUCAUCGCCAUGAAAACCGAAGUGGGUUUGGUAAUUACUAUGGCAACCAGAAAUGCCGUGAAUACAGUUCCUGUGAGGUGAGGAACUGCCACACUAUUCAGGGAGAUCAGCCCCAUUGCUGCUACACCAGCUGCAUCACCAGGAGUAACAGCAAGGUACAUGGAGAUAGAACCAAUGGCUGCCCUCCUCCCAGAUCACAUGACCAGGAAGCAGUGUCUGCUUAUCAACCACAGCUCUGCUACACCCCAGCCAAUCAUAUCCCUCUUAGUGAUUAUGUCAGUGUGGGUGAAGAGGAUCUUUACUGCUUACGCUCCGAUCACAAUGGAAACCAUCCCACUGUUAUGUACAGUGGCCCCGCCCCCACUGACAGACUGCCCUCCCCCCUCUUCGAGGACAAUGCCCCUUACACCAUCCUCAAUGCUGUCAACACCACCGAGCCAAUCACAGCCAUCUUCAUGGGCUUCCAGAUGGCGCAGGACGACAGGGGUCUGGGUCAUGAGUUUGAGGGUUCUCUGAAGGCAGAGCUGGUCCUCAUUGAGGACAACGAAGAUGUUGGUGAAGACAACAACACAAAGGAGAACAACAAUGCUGGUCCAACAGCGGCCAACAAUUAUCAAAAUGAAAGAUCAACCAAUGGAAACAUGAAACAUACGCCGAGACCAGUGGGACCAGGUAUCAGAAAGAUCCAGAAAAAACACAGACACUGCUGCACUGUCUGUUAA